AUGGCAGAAGAAAAAGAAAUUAAUAUCUUGGUGGAAAAAUCUUUCCAAGAAGCCAAAAAUUUUUCCGCAAUAGAAAAGAUAAAAAAAAAGUAUCUAGAAAAAGGAGGUCUAAUUUCCCAACUUUUUCAGCAAAUAAGCCAAGAAAGAGACUUGGAAAAGAAAAAAAAAUUAGGGGGGUUAAUUAAUAAUUGGAAAAAUGAACUGUCCGCAAAGGUUAAGGAAAUAGAAGCAAAAAUAAAAGAACAAAAACAAACUGCAGAGUUAGAAAAAGACAGGGUAGACAUUUAUCUUGAAGGGAUAAAAAUUCCGCUCGCUAACCUCCAUCCUAUUACUCAAAUCACCCAAAAGAUUUAUGACCUUUUUCUUCCACUCGGUUAUCAAAUUGCGGAAAGUCCCGAAAUUGAAACUGAGGAUUAUAAUUUCAAUAAGUUAAAUAUGCCGCCCGAGCAUCCUGCUCGCGAUAUGCAUGACACUUUCUAUUUAGAUACUAAUUUGCUACUGCGUACUCAUACUUCCAAUACUCAAAUAAGGGUUAUGGAAAAUAAUCCUAAUCAAGAAUUAAAAAUUAUCACGGCUGGCAAAGUUUAUCGGCGUGAUGAGGACGACGCAACCCACACCCACCAAUUCACGCAAAUUGAGGGGUUUGUAGUUGGCCGCAAUAUUUCCUUUUCUCACUUAAAAGGCACCCUAGAAUUAGUGUUAAAAAAACUAUUCGGUGAAAAUCAUCCGAUUCGCUUUCGCCCCUCUUAUUUUCCUUUUACUGAGCCCAGUGUGGAAGUAGACGCACAAUGCCCUCCUUGCCAAGGCCAGGGCUGUAAUAUCUGUAAAAAAACUGGCUGA